UAAUAUGUUUUUGUCUUCAAAGUUGGCGGUAUUCUUCACACUGUACUCACGGAAGUUCUAUCGACCGAAGGCAGCAUGUCGACGCAUCGCAUUAUGAGCAGAUGAGGGUUUUGUGUUAUUGUUACUAACAGGUCAGUAAUAUUUUUUAAAAUUAGGCUGCUAGUACUGUAUUAAAUAUGUUGAUGAUUUUACUAGGCACAUUUUGCGUGACAUGUUGGAAUUGUUGAACAUUGUCAUUUGUUUUUCGUACUAACAAAGUGUGACCAAAUUUACCAUGAAGCACUGUGUAACUCUGACUCAUUACUUCAAUUUGUGGUGGCUUCGUUAUUUAUUGUAAUUGUCAAUGAAAGAGGACAUCUAUUUUUAACUUUGCUGUUGAAAAUGUAUGCUAUCAAGACACCUAGUCUUCGGAUCGACGAAGCAGAUCUUAAAUGUAAGAAUGGUUGUGGAUUUUAUGGUAAUUCUGAGUGGGGAGGCUACUGUUCGAAGUGCCAUCGUGAACAUUUACAACGAGAAAGACAGAGGAAGAACAUUGCUCACUCAAGUGCACACAUUUCAGAAAGAGAACAUGGAGGUGAUAAUGCCAAAUCAUCUGUGGCAGGAUUUUCUAAAUUUGAAGAAAAGAAACGCCAACACUUAAAAAAGACAAAACUUCUGAAAAUAUUUAGAAAGUCUUCCAGUGCUAGAGAUAGUGGUCGUCCUGAACAAACUCAAGAGGGUGCAAGUAAAAAUCCAGAAUUAGAAAAACUUAAGCAGGAUCAUCAAGAAUUAUUCUCAAAUCUUGGCCAUCGUGUUGAACAUGAUGUUCACAAACAUAUUUCUUCUUUCUACAAGGCUAUUCGUGAAUUUGUUGAUGUCGAAACUAUUGAUGAGUUAUCCGAGAAAGUACAGAAUCUAUAUCAAGUAUUUGCAAAGCGAAUGGAUGCAAGCUCUAAUUACAUAAAUGUUACUGCUGAGCAGAAGGAAAUGCUGUUAGACUAUAUUGAAAAAUAUGUGAUGACCUGUUUAUACAGACUAUUGUUUUGUCCUGCUUCAACAAAUGAUGAAGAGAAGGAUCUUCUUAUUCAAGACAAGAUUCGUCAACUAAACUGGGUAAAUGCAAAACAUUUGGGUUGCAUAAUUAAUGAAACACAAUCUGAAGUUUGGGACCUUGUAUAUACAGCUAUUACUGAUGUUCUUGGAAUGGAUUCUGCAAAGGCCCCUCAGGACAAGUUGAACUGUGUUGUUCGUUGCUGUAGAAAUAUAUUUUUACUUCUUCAACAAUCUGUUGGUGGUCCUGCUUCAGCAGACGAAUUUCUUCCAGCGCUUAUAUUCAUUGUUUUGAAAGCAAAUCCGGCACGUCUGAAGAGUAACAUAAAUUACAUAACAAGAUUUUGCAAUGCUAGCCGUCUCAUGUCAGGGGAAGGAGGUUAUUAUUUCACUAAUCUUUGUUGUGCUGUUUCAUUCCUUGAAAAUUUAACUGCUGAAUCACUUAACAUCCCUGCUGAUGAAUUUCAACAGUAUAUGUCUGGAAAAGUAGUUCCGCCGAAUACUUGGGAAUCAGCUCUUAUGAUGUGCGAGGGUAUGCAUUUAAUGUACGAGCAUCUAGCAAUUUUAGAUGAUUUGCGCAAGCGGCAUGUGUGUCUUAUCCAAGGAACUGCUGCGCUCAAGGAUGAUAUAUCAAAGUUUAAGAACGAUAUUGCUACAAAAGUGGAAGCGGUUUUAUCUCGUACUCCUUUGACUAUUCGUCCAAAAAGGACUCCAACUGACUUAGAUUCUGAGGAUCCAACUUGUGAAUCUUUGCCACCACCUAUUGUUCCUCAGAUAAUUGCUCCUCAAGUUGGAAGUGAUGCUAUUAGUCAGAAAAUUCUUGUCUCAGAAACUGAAAGCAGUCAAGAAAUAACAUCCAGGCAAGACCUUUUUUUACCCAGUAGUACUAGUAGUAUACCCCAAUCCUCCUCACAAGAUUAUUUAUCCCCUUCACCAGUUUUUGGUUUGAGCAACAGCUUUGAUGAGCUUGCUACUCCAGAUGAAAUAUAUGCUGCCCAAGAAAGCCUGAGUUUUGUGCAAGGUCUCACUGCUGUCAACUAUGACAUUGACUUAUCUGACUUAAGUGCGGACAAUAGUUAUGCUGAAGACCUUGCAAUAACAGACUCUAUCAAACCAGAUGUGUCAUUACCUUUAGAACCUAAGAUGAAUGAAGAUGUUUCUUCUUCCCUCCUAGACACAAAUGAAUCACCAACAGCUGGAGGACUACUGCCUUCUCCUAUAAAACCUGUUUUAUCAGAAGAGUAUAAGGGAUUUUCAGCUCAAGGUUGGCAGAUUCCUAGCAUUCCCUGUAACACAGGUGACAGCUUGCCAACUAUAUCAUCUCAGUCAGUUGUUGCUCAUUCAAGUGAACCCAUUUCAUUACCCUUAACAAACUCUGAAAGAAAAGAUGACAAAGUUGCUUCUGAGAUCAAUGAUGCAAAUUCAGUGUCUGGACUACCUGUAGAAGGAAGUGGUAGCUCUAGUCAGAUGGAAGACACAUUAGUGAAAGCUCUCAGUGGGGUAAUGAGUACCUUUGAUAGACUUUUCUAAAUUGAAGUUAGUGUUGUACAUACUGUGAUAGUCAUAUGCACUGUGAAGCAUUGAGUGGCACAGUCAUAUUUGUGCAGUUUAUCUAUUGAGGUUUAUAAACAAUGUAGAAAUUGAAGCAGGAGAUAUGUGAUGUUAUUGUGAUAAUGUUUAUGCAAGAUAUAUUUUAAAUUAAAUAAGCUUAUUUUUUAGAUCAAGAUAAAUAUUUUGUGUUUCCAGUUUUUAGUAUCAUAAAAAGUCAUGCAGGUUCUUAGUAUUUGCAUCAUGUAAAUUCACAUUUUCUGAAAUAUUUGCUUUGUAAUCACGGUUUUAAUUCAUAGACAUUUGUCUGGUAUUUUUUUAUGCUUGUCACAGCCCUAAGCAAUAUAUGAAAUACCAUAUUAUUUUCAUGAACAUUUUGGAAAUGUGUUGUAGCUAUGUUGUGCAGCCACAAUUGUUAAGGUCAUAAUUGAUAUUUUGUAAACAUAGUGUUUCAUUAUUACACAUGGGCCUCCACUAGGUGCUCUUAUAAAAAGUAGUGGAACCCUUCCUUAAAGUACAAACUAAAUAUAUUAAUGCAAAUAUGUACAUCUUCUUUGUCAUGUAUAUAUGCCAACACUUGCAAGUUUUGUAUUUUGUACUUUCAUUGAUAGAGAUUGCUGAAAAUAGUCACAUCAUAUUACCAAUUACUUUCAAAUUUGUCUGACACUAAUAAUGAAUGCAACUACUCAAAUACAAGAAAAUUCACUGUAAGGUGCACAAAUAUUUAUUAAAGCAACUUUUAUGAAAGAGGAAGUACAAUAUACUAGUUUGUUGGCAUUAUUACAAAAAUAAUUACAGAGUUAGUUUCACACGAUUUGUCUGACAAGGUACAUUGACCGAGCCUCAGAAAAACCUCCAGAAAAAACAAUCUGAAAUUUGGCUUCAAAUUGUCUAUGCAUUCAUAUUUUGUUUUCAGAAAUCUUGUAAUGCUUGACUAAAACCUCUUGCUAGUAAGGUGCUAAAUUAUUCUUUUAAUAAUAUCAAAGUUAAAAUCUUUUGUUUCAUUGUUGUUUGUUGAAUGUUACAGAUAAAAACAUUCAUAAUGAAGAUAGAGUUGAACAACAGAGGACUAUUUGAUGCCAAAGUUACAUGGGAAAUGUUUAUUAUACUACUAUUGUUCUUUUGAAAUGUAUUACCAAAAGUUGGUGUAUUAUUCUAGUCCUAUAAAAGGAAGCAAAAUCUUUAUACUAUGUACAGAAACUAACAUUUAUUACAGAAUACAGCUCCUUUCUAAAUAAGAAUUUCACAUUGUUCUGAAUCACAUGGAAAGGUUUGAAUGUGUAUCUUGAAAAUAAAAGCCAUCAGAUGUAGAAAAUUGUUAUUUCUUUUCGGAGUGUUUGGUAAACACUACUUGUCUUCAAUCUCUUUAAAACUAGAGAUGCUACAAUGUUACAUACUUUCUCACAUUGCUGGGAACAGAUGCAUAAUAUAAUAUUGCAACUUCUGCCCUACUAACCCUUCUCAGUGAUCACCUGAAAAGGUCCAAACUAAUUCGAAAGCAGCACCUGGGGUACAUAUCUGCAAUUAUUUCAAUUGUCAAGAACAGGAGUAAUUUCUUACUUUCAUUAAAAAAAUAAAGAAAAUGUUGUUUUAUGAUAUACAUUAAAAAAUAAAUACAUUGUAUAAUUUUGAAAAAAUCAAAGUGGUGUUAAUAUCAUGUUCCUCCAUGUACUUACUGUACAAAUAUGUUUAAAGAAAAAAAUUUGAGCUGUUUUUGAGAAAAGGUCAUUUGUUCUUUUCUGAAAAUGCAGAAUUUUGAGUUAAUUUCCACAGAAAAGUUUUGAGAUUUCAAGAAAUUUAGUUUCUUGGAUAUAUAACAUUUUAUCACACCUACAAAACUGAACAAAAUGUUUUGAAAUGUGGUCUUAAUACCUGCAAAUAUAUCACUACAAUGAAAAUGGAUUGUGUAUAAGUUCUAGUGAACAUAUGUGCCAAUGUAUUAAGGAGGAAGACAUCUUAAUAAAAAUGGCUGAACUCUCUGAGAAUUUGCUACUUUCAAUUAACUAAAACCAAGGAAUAUCUUUUAUUAAAUAAAGUUAGUGUUAGUGAAUCAUAAACAAAAAUGGACUCGUGUGGAGAGAUCUUCAUGUUAAAAACUAGUCUUCAGAGGUUAUAUGCGGGAUGUGACCAUUCAGUAGAAUUGUAAAAUAUUGAGCUUCUGGCAAAAUUGGUGAAAAAAGAAAGGAACCCUUCUAGCUUCCACCAAACAAAAAGAAAAGUGUUAUGUACUAUUACCCUGGGAUAAUAAGAAAUGGAAAUCUGUAUUGAAAGAUAGCAGGAAAUGCAAAAGAUAAGUACAGUUGAGAAUGUAGAGGAAUAAUGGUCCAUUAAUAAAAAAAGCAAUUCUGAAAUUACAGGUAAUUCAGUUGUAGACAUGCUCUGAGAAAGAAAAAGAAAUUGUCUGGCUUCGAGCUAAGUAUUCUAUUUUGGUUAAAAUCCAUGUAAUAAAUUUGAUCUGAACAUGUGAGCAUCUUCUCAUUCUAUUAUUGUCGUAUACAUGUCAGUAAUACUUUUAAAAAUUUAGC